CCACCAGCCCGUCAAGGCCAUGACUUGGCCGCACCGUCUGGCCGUGGUCGUGGUGCUCCUCCUGGGGGCGGCGACGGCAAGGGCGACGGCCCGCCAGCGCGCUCGCAGUCCGCGGCCGCACCAAGUACCCCUCGAUGACGGAGACUGGACGCUGUACAACGAGGCCGGAGGCAAGCCGGUGGCCGGCAGCAUGCCCGGGGGCGUGUACUCCGACCUGCGCGCGGCCGGCGUGCUGCCCAAGGACCUCUUCUACCGCUUCAACGACCAGGAGUACCGCUGGGUGGCCAAGGCCAACUGGACCUACGACUGCUUCUUCCAAGUGCCGCGCGACGUCCUGGCCAAGGACAAGCAGGUGCUCGUGCUGCACGGCGUGGACACGGUGGCCGAGGUGAGGCUCAACGGCCGCGUCCUGGGCGCCACGGACAACAUGUUCGUCCGCUACCGCUUCGACGUCAAGGGCGUCCUCAAGGACACCGACAACAGGCUGCGGGUCCGCUUCACGUCCCCCGUGGCCGAGGCGUGGCGCCGCGCCGCCGAGCAGGCCAAGCAGUACCCGGUGCCGCCCGCCUGCCCCGACGCCGCCUACCACGGCGAGUGCGGCGUCAACCACCUGAGGAAGAUGCAGGCCUCGUUCGCCUGGGACUAGGGCCCCGCCUUCCCCUCCAUGGGGCUGUGGAAGGGCGUGCUCAUCGAGGCGCACGACGCGGCGGUGCUGCGCGAGGUGGGCUUCACGGCGCGGCCCGCCGACGUGGUCCACAAGUGGAAGGCCACGGUGCGCGUGCACUGGGAGGUGGGCGUGCGCUCCGGGUGGGACCCACCCCGCGCCCUCAUCACCGCCACCCUCAUCGGCCCCGACGGCAAGGUCGCCGCCAGCCAGGACGUCCCGGCCGCGCUCAACGGGGACGCCGAGGGCGCCGGCUUCACGGACGUCACGCUGUCCCUGCACAAUGACAAGGUGCAGCUGUGGUGGCCGAGCGGCUACGGCGCGCAGCCCCUGUACACCGUGAACGUGACCCUGCGCGCCUUCGCGCACUGGGGGCAGGCCGACCGCGGCGACCUGUGGGACCAGAUGACCGUCAGGACGGGCUUUAGGACCGUGGAGCUGGUGCAGGAGCCCGUGGACCAGACCGACCUCGCCAAGGGGCUCACGUACUUCUUCCGGGUGAACGGCGUGCCCGUGUUCGCCAAGGGCUCCAACUGGAUCCCCGCGCACGUGCUCCCCGAGCUGGGCGCCGACCCCGGCGUCGUCCGCCACCUCCUGCACUCCGCCAAGGAGGCCAACAUGAACAUGCUGCGCGUCUGGGGCGGCGGCGUCUACGAGUCGGACCUGUUCUACGAGCUCGCCGACGAGCUGGGCAUCAUGGUGUGGCAGGACUUGAUGUUCGCGUGCGCCAUGUACCCGGUGGGCCCGGCGUUCCUGCAGUCCGUGGACACGGAGGUGCGGCAGCAGUACCGCCGCAUCCAUCGGCACCCCAGCGUGGUGGUGUGGGCCGGCAACAACGAGAACGAGGCGGCGCUCAGGGGCAACUGGUACCGCACCCAGGGCCCGCUGUUCGAGCAGUACCACCGCGACUACGUCAAGCUGUACGUGGACACGGCGCGCGCCGCGGUGCGGGCCGAGGGCCUGGCCACGCCCUUCGCCGUGUCCAGCCCCUCCAACGGCGCGCAGUCCGAGGCGGAGGGCUUCCUCGCCAAGAACCCUUACAGCGCCCUGUACGGCGACGACCACCACUACGACUACCUCUCCGACGGCUGGAACCCCGCCGUCUUCCACAACACGCGCUUCGGCUCCGAGUACGGCUUCAUGUCCUGGCCCGCGAGGUCCACCAUGCUCAACGCCACGGACGCCGAGCACGCCGACGAGGACCUGGCGCUGGGCAGCACGCUGGCGGCGUCGCGGCAGCACCACCCCGGCGGCAACCUGGAGAUCGCCAUGCAGAUCAUGCAGCAUCUGCCCAUGCCGCGCGACUUCAACAAGUCCAAGCACUUCGACACUGUGGCGUACUACAGCCAGAUCUACCAGGCCAUGGCCACCAAGACCGAGACCGAGUUCCUGCGGCGCUCCAGGAACCUGCUGACGCCCAAGGGCGAGGGCCGCACCAUGGGGGCGUUGUACUGGCAGCUCAACGACGUGUGGCAAGCGCCCUCCUGGGCCAGCAUCGACUUCUCCGGCCGGUGGAAGAUGCUGCACCACUACGCCGUGGACUUCCUGGCCCCGCUGCUGGUGUCCCCGCACGUCCAGGGCGGCGCGCUCGUCGUGGACGUGGUGUCCGACGCGCCGCGCUCGGGCGAGCUGCUGGUGCACACCGACGUGAUGGGCUGGGACUCGUUCCGGCCGCGCGCGCAGAGCGUGCACGCCGUGACGAUGCGGGGCGCGGGCACGGUGCGCGCGCUGGUCAAGCCCAUGCGGGCCGUGCUGCACGAGGCGGGCUGCUCGGAGAACGCCAUCUGGGGCUGCGUCAUCCAGUUCAGGCUGACGGACACCGACAACGCCACCCUCGCGGAGAACUUCCUGUUCCCCUUCUCCCCCAAGGACACCCCCAUGCCGACGACCACGUUCCGGUGGACUAGGGCGGGGGGCCCUUACCCCGGCUCGCAGCACCAGCGCUGGGAUUACGAGUUGUCUCUGGCGACGUACUCGCCGGCGGCCUUCGUGUGGCUGGACGCGGGCCCCCUGCGGGGUCGCUUCUCGCGCAACGGCUUCCACGUGACGGACCCCCAUACACUGGUGCUGCGCUUCCACACCGACCAGCGCUGCGAUUUCAUUGAGCACCUCACCAUCAGAGCGCUCAAUGGCCAGGGCUAGUCCACCUUCAGCAGGGGUUCGAAUUGAGUAGAAUUUACCUACCUACAGGGGAACGUGUUGUGGCUUGCCAACAAUAAGUUGUCUGUUGUCUAAAUCUUAAGAUUUUUAUGUGGCCUUGGAAAAAAAUUUAAAACGUAUAAAAGUUGUUUUUUUUUAUUUUUAAAUUAAAGAAAAGGCAUAAAAGGCAAUCACAGAUUUAUUAGCUUGAUACAAAAGCAAUUUUUAAAAAUUAAGUAACUCAUUAGAUCAUUAAUUUUAUAAUCAUAAGUUAAAUAAAUUACCCGAUGAAACAGUC